AUGCGAAGCCUGAGCUCUGCGUGGCUGCUGGGGGGCGUCAUCCUGCUGGGGACCUCUGCCUCCUGCAAUCGCACUGUCCUAGGAACCAGUAGACCCUCUAAAGGAAGAAGUCUCAUUGGUUACGUAGAUAACUCACCUCAGAUCCCUGGGAGAGGAGCAACGGUGGAAGCUGGCUUUUCUGUGGAUGAGUUUUCUGCCUCCGUCCUCACUGGAAAACUGACUACCGUCUUUCUUCCAAUUGUCUACAUGAUCGUAUUUGUAGUUGGUUUGCCAAGUAAUGGCAUGGCCCUGUGGGUUUUUCUUUUCCGAACGAAGAAGAAGCACCCUGCUGUGAUUUACAUGGCCAACCUGGCCUUGGCGGACCUCCUCUCUGUUAUCUGGUUCCCUUUGAAGAUUGCCUAUCACAUCCAUGGCAACAACUGGAUUUACGGGGAAUCUCUCUGCAAGGUACUCGUUGGCUUUUUCUACGGCAACAUGUACUGCUCCAUCCUCUUCAUGACCUGUCUCAGUGUGCAGAGAUACUGGGUCAUCGUGAACCCCAUGGUGUACCCCAUGAAGAAGGCAAGCAUUGCCAUCAGUGUCUCCCUGGGAAUAUGGCUGCUGAUUCUGCUGGUUACUAUCCCCUUAUACGUUGUGAAGCAGACCAUCUACAUUCCAGCCCUUAACAUCACGACCUGUCAUGAUGUUUUGCCAAAGGAGGUGUUGGUGGGGGACAUGUUCAAUUAUUUCCUCUCUCUGGCCAUCGGAAUCUUUCUGUUCCCAGCCUUCCUUACGGCCUUUGCCUAUGUGCUGAUGAUCCGGACCCUCCAAUCUUCCACCUUGGAUAAAAACUCAGGAAAGAAGAGGCAGAGAGCCAUCAAGCUCAUCGUCACUGUCCUGGCCAUGUACCUGAUCUGCUUCACUCCUAGUAACCUUCUGCUCGUGGUACAUUACUUCCUGAUUAAAAACUGGGGCCAGAGCCACGUCUAUGCCCUGUACAUCAUAGCCCUCUGCCUUUCCACCCUCAACAGCUGCAUUGACCCCUUUGUCUAUUACUUCAUUUCACAAGACUUCAGGGAUCAUGCAAAGAAUGCUCUGCUUUGUCGGAGUGUCCGUACUGUAAAGCAGAUGCAAGUAUCCCUCACAUCAAUUAAAUUCUCUAGGAAAUCCAGCUCUUACUCUUCAAGUUCAACCAGUGUUAAAACCUCCUAUUGA